GAUUUUGUGCUUCAUUGCUGCAGAUAGAGGAUCUCUCAAAAUGGAUUCGGAUGUGACCUGAACGAUGAAGCCGCGGUGAGUUCCUGUUCCAGCGUGGUUGUCCACCGCAGCGAAGGGGCAACCAUGCUGCGAGGAGGUUGGCGGGCGCUGGUCCUGGUGUGGGUCGCGGGCUUCAGUAGAGAUAUUGGACAAGAAGCCUCAGCGCUUUCAUUGCAGAGGAGGCUGCAGCAUUUUCGCGAUCAGAAAGUAGAGCUAGGCGUGGUCCAGGGCCGGUCUAGUGUGCGCUUGCAGACGAGUAGAAGAACUUUUCGACGGCGCCAGAACACCCUGCUCACAGACAACGCUACCGCAAGUUCGACCGCAGCAAGUUCUACCCCGGAUCCGACCGUCUGCGAGAACAUCCACGCCCCGGCAAACGCGGCGACCUUUACCUGUGGCUCGACUUUGAAAGCGGGAACCUCUUGCUCCGACUUCACGUGCGCAGCCGGGUUUGAAAAAGUAAGCGCCUUCACCUGCGGAUCAUCUGGAGCCAACGGAGAGGCCACGGGGUUGUCCACACGGGGGCAGUGCAAGAGAAAGUUUUGCCCGGCCGCGGCAAUCGUCAGUGCGCUCGGGAAAAUCGAGAAUGCGAACAGCACGAUCGUGGAAAUAAAUAAAUCUUCUUCCAGCAUCAAAGGGUCCUUCUCGUCUUGUGACACGAAAAACCCGCUAGCCGCUGGCCAGACUUGCGACCCGGUGUGCAACACGGGCUUCGUCGCGACGGGCAGCUUGACGUGCAAUCCCGCUUCUCUGCAACUUGAAGGGCCGGCGGGCUUGAAAUGCGUGACUGCGAUGAAGCAGGAUGUUGAACAAGGGAGCAAGCAGAACUGCAGCAGUCUCGUUCUCCCCCUGCAUAUGAGAGUGCACAACUCCCCCUCCCCUCAUUUGAAGGGCAUAAGCAGCAACACAAGUGCUGGCAUAAAGCAGCUUUUGCAUGAGAAAUUUGCGCCCGAUUCUAGUGGUGUUUUGGCUUCCAUAACCUGUCAUGCAAGCAGUGCCAAAGGGAAAAGGCUCGAACUCGAUUUGGUAUUUCGCAUGACAAAUGAGGGAGAGAGGGGGUUGUGCACUCUCAUGCUGCAUGCGAAGAGCUCGGAGUGUGGGUCGUUGAAACCCGGGGAGUCCUGCGACAAAUUUUCCUGCAACACCGGGUUUACGAAGAGCGGAAAAUUCGUUUGCUCAGCGGUCGAUGCCAACAACGUGACCAGCCUGCUGGAAGUCGGCAGAUGCGAAAAAACUACCUGCAGAGUAUUGUCGGAGGGAGGCGCAGCUGAUGAAACCACUGACCUGAUCAAAUCCUUAUCAACCGCCAUCCCGCAAAUAUCCCUCCCCUUUCUAAACACCUCCUUCUCCAACAACGCCGUCCGCCUCUUUGCCAACGAAUCACUCGAGCUGGAAUGCAACCCGGGGUACAAAUCCACCGGCAGUCUGAAGUAUCCUGUGCAAAAGUAUCGCACUGAUACGAAUUGCAGUUAUGCAUGACAAAUGUUCUUUCCAAGGUAAAACAGCAUGACAAAUUCAAUUUUUCAGGCUGAGAAAAUUUGUAAUGCAAUUGAUACUAGUACGAUACUUCUGCAAUGCAUAUGAAGUGCGGGGCUGAUGGGAAAAUCUUUGAAAAGCCAAGUUGCGUUCGGCUCAACUGCAGUUCUUUUACCACUCUUAAUGCGACAAAAUCCUGCGGUGUUCUCUCCUCAAACCAAACCUGCAGCGAUUUCACGUGCUCCACCGGCUUCACCCCUUCUGGUCAGUACCAGUGUGCCAGUGAUGCGACGCACUUGAUCACGCUUGGCUCCUGCAGUCGGAAUUUCUGUCCGAUGAUCCCGAAGCCGAACAACAGCGUCAGUUGGAACACCACUGGUAAAAAGCUCGCCGCGGGAAUGACGAAACGGCUGCAGUGCGCGGUCGGUUACAAAGCCAAAGGGAAAUUCGUUUGCAACAGUGAGGGCAACAACAUCACGGAAAUGGCCUCCUGCGAACGGCAGUACUGCCAGGGGAUUGUCCCGCCCGCGAACGCACUGAAUUUCUGGUGUCAGAUAUUGCAAUGAAAAAUGCCCCCACCCCCGAACUUGUAAGCAUUUGUAUUGCAAACCUUUCGAAAUGAAACACUCGCCCUCUUGCAUGUAUCAGCAUCACAGAUUUCCAAUCGUGAAUAGCAAAAAUUUGUAUUGCAAAAGAUCCCAGCAAAAGCGGCGCUUGUCAUGCAAGCGCUGCGACACACGCCUAGACUCUGCAUCACAAAGAUUCAUACUCCUUUUAUGCAUGACAAAAACCUUUCAUUUGGAAACUUUGCAUCACAAAUUAUUGCAAUUUCAGGGGUGGGGGGCACUUUUCACUGUAAUAUCAGACCAUACCCAGCGGGGAGAAUUGUACCCUGACCUGUGCGGAGGGAUACAUGCCAUCUAGUACAGGAGCAAAUGUCGCGAAUGGAACUACAUCUUCGAGCAAUCUUUUCGUCUGUAACAAAGACGCGACCAACGUCACUACCGUUCCGACCUGCGUUAUCGCAAGAAAAAAGUGUUACAGGAGUUGCAUUGUGUUGCAGGCCAAGCAAGACAGACCAGCUCUUUGAUGCCGGAUAUGCAUAGGAGCUUCGUUUCAUAGGCGUUUUCCCUUAGGAUUUCUGCAUUGCAAUUUUUCUCUCUCAUGCAGAGAAAUUUGUGUUGGUGAAUUGACAACAAAUGUUUAACUGUAAAACUUUUUUCGUGGGAUAUGCGUGAGGAAGCAAUUAUCCGCCAUCCCGCCAGAAAACGCCGCGCUCCCCUUCCCCUGCGCGUCUGUUUCUUCGAACGCAACGUGUCAACACCAGUGCAAUCUCGGGUACGCCGUGGUUGGGAAAUUCACGGUAAAUUCCGACGGGUCGAAUUUCACGGAACAGGGGUCCUGCUUGCGGAAAACCUGCGCGAACUUGACAUCCCCCGCCAACGCGACGAAUUUUAACUGCCAGCAAAUCAACAGCGGCGAGGCGUGCAACAUCACCUGCAUCACAGGUUUCGACGCGAUCGGCGAAUUUCGCUGCAGCGCCAGCGGUAUGAACUGCAAAAGCAUCGUACUAGUAUAAAUCGCAUGGCAAAUUUUCUCAGCAUGAGAAAGGAAAUUUGUAAUGCGGACUCGCCUUAACAUAAAAAAAUUGUCUUGCAUACAUGCGAUUAGUACGAGUACGAUACUUUUGCACAGGAUAAGCGGUGACGAAGUGGUGUCGAAAGCGAGAUGCAAUCCGUCGAAGUUAUACCUGUCGAUCGUCAGACGGGAAAAAUCAUUGGAGAAAAAUUAUGGAAGACUAGUCGCAAACGUGGAGACUUUGCAAUCCAGGUUGAAUUUGUUUCGGAGAAAAGUGGCAACGCCCCUGGACGUCAGUUCGACCUCUUUUGGUGGAUCCUCGGGCUCAGCUAUUGGGCAGCAGGCAGCAACGAUGAAAACAGCUGUUUCGAACAAUUUCAACGUUUUGCAGGCUAAGGCGACCGAGACCGAGCAGGAAUUGGCGAAGGUGCAGACAAGUGUCGCGUCGAAUGCGAACCUCCUCGCCUCCGCGCUCUUCGCGCGGACGUUUGCGAGUGCGCGGGCGGAUCAAAACACGACAGCUACUGCUCCAGGCACAAAUAAUGCCAGCGUUGUAGUUGUCGCGACCCCUCUUGAUGUUCCCGUUUCUGGUGGCGGCGGAAGCACUGUUAAAAAUGCGCCGUUUUGGCAGGAGUUGGACCGCCGCAGCCCGCGACUCGAUCAAAUGAUCAACCAAACCCAGGGUUUACAGGAGAAAGUGGCGCCGACAAGUACAACUUCUACUUCUAGAGAGAAUAAUAGCUCUACAACUUCUACUUCUUCCAAUGGAACCGCAACCACAGCAUCAGCAGAAACGGGCCAAGCCAAUAACACCGCCACCGGGUCGUCGCUCUCUGUGCGGGAGCGGGUGCGCAAACUCGAGACGGAUUGGGAGGAAGCGAAGCCACUGAUCGAGAAAAAAAUGGUAUCCUGAGUAAAAAUGUCCCCACCCCAGAGUUGUCAUGCAGAUUUGCGAUUACAUACAGGAAGAUUUGUAAUGCGCAUCUCCUUCAGGGGCGUUUCCAAUCGUGUUUUGGAAUUUGUAAUGCUGUAAACAGGAUAAGCAGAUGGAUUUGUGAUGCGGUUGUCGUUGCUAACUUGCACUACACUACGGACUGCAACUUGUCAUGCGUGACUUCCAAAACUUCUGGAUUUGUGUUGCUAAGUUCCCACCUUGACUCUGGUGUGGGGACGUUUUUACAUAUGAUAAAUGGCGAAAUUCUCGGAAAACGAACACAAGACUUUGAGUAAUCCGGUGGAAUACUUCGUGAAUUUGACCGCUUCGGAUGUUUUAUGCUGUGCAAAACUAUCGUACUCGUAGUAAUUGCAAUCAUGCAUUACAAAUUCCUUUUUCAAGGUAAAACCGCAUUAGAAAUAUCAUUUCUCACACAGGCAGAGGAAAUUUGUAAUGCAUUUAUACGAGUACGAUACUUCUUGUGCAUUGAAUAUGUUUUGUCGAACGAGAUGAAGGCGAUCAUCCUCGGGGUCGCGAAAAACUGGGGAAUGGCGGUGAAAUUGGGUAGUAUGUAGUGAGGUCACCGAACGGUUCUAACCAGGGAGUUUUUUUGACAGCUACCCUGAAAAACGACCGGCAGUUUUCAAGCGGCCGGAGGCGUUUUUUGACAUAAAAAUUUUUUAAUUAUCAAGCGGACGGGGCUUUGCCGUCAAACAAGCCCGGUCGAAAACUAUCGACUCGCACUUGAUAAAACGACGCAGGGGAGCCGGCAAAAGGGGCGCCCUUCUGAGGCGCCCGCCGCCUUGGUUUCUGGCGAUUUGGGGCGCCCAAAAAGGGGCGCGCAAAAAACGCGCCCAAAAUCAGAACAGCGAAACAGCACGGCACGGCCGCGAUUUCGGAGCAUUUUGGGCGGCCGCGAAAGCGGCUGCCUUUUCGCCGGUUUCAGAGCCUGGGAAGCUUUGCAAAAGGCGCCGGCGUGAAAAAUAAAAACGCGAAAAAGAAAAAGCGCCCCAGGCGCGCAAAGCCAAUCCGCAUGCUAUGGGCCCGAUUUUCCUUCGCUUUUUGGGCGCCCCCCGUGGCACCCGGAUCGGCCCCAUAGCAUGGGGGCUGUCCUUCGGAAAGGAAUUUCGGUAAUUUGCCAAAAUUUGCGAUGUUUAUCAAGCGGCCGCCAUACCGUGCGGCCUAACGUUACUCCCGGCGGUAUGGCGAGCCCAGAAAAAGCAAAGCCGCGGCCAAGGCGAUGGCCGGCAAGAAAACGCCCACGACCUCACUACCUCCGCCCCGGCGGCUAUAUUUGGUAGCUCCUCUGCGGGGGGUGGCAGUGGUGGUGUUGGGUCAGGAUCUGUUUGACGAGUAACAAUUUGUCCUCACAUCAAG